AUGGUGGACUUGUUGGGUGGACGGCGCCUGCUGACCCGCGAGGGCGCGUCGGUGGAGGCCGAGGCGGCGCUGCAGAACAAAGUGGUGGCGCUCUACUUCGCGGCGGGCCGGUGCGCGCCGAGCCGCGACUUCACGCCGCUGCUCUGCGACUUCUACACGGCGCUGGUAGGCGCGGCGCCGCGGCCCGCGCCCUUCGAGGUGGUCUUCGUGUCCGCCGACGGCAGCGCCGAGGAGAUGCUGGAAUUCAUGCACGAGCUGCAUGGCGCCUGGCUGGCGCUGCCCUUCCACGACCCCUACCGGCACGAACUGAAGAAGAGGUACAACAUCACAGCCAUCCCCAAGCUUGUGGUUGUGAAGCAGAACGGGGAGGUCAUCACCAGCAGGGGGCGCAAGCAGAUCCGGGAGCGGGGGCUGGCUUGCUUCCAGAGCUGGGUGGAGGCGGCCGACGACGUGUUGCUGAACUUCUCUGGUUGA